CCUUUCGCGUUAGUGCUGCACAUGCUAUAUAUGUGCGCGGUCGUGAUGGUUCAUGUUGUUUGUUAUUUUUGAUUAAUCAUACGGUUUGUUUUUCGUGAUUCUUUAAGUAUUUGUUAAAAGUAGAAGCACAAUACCUUCAUCAUGCUGACGCAAAAUUGGAAUGAGUUGGAUGUCAAAUUAAGCGCCCCUGUACGGAAAACAUUAAAGGAGUUGAAAUUUCUCAAAAUGACUCCUGUACAGGCUGCUAGCAUUCCUCUUCUACUACAAGGAAAAGAUGUGGCAGCUGAAGCUGUGACUGGGAGUGGAAAAACUCUUGCUUUCCUCAUACCACUACUAGAGCUGUUACGGAGACGAGAGGAAAAAUGGAAAAAGUUUGAAAUUGGGGCAAUCGUUAUUUCACCGACAAGAGAAUUGGCAACCCAGAUUAGUCAAGUAUUGGCAAAAUUUCUUGAGAAACUACCAGUUUUUAAGCAAGUUCUGUUAGUUGGAGGUUCUACUGUAAAAGAUGAUGUUGAACAGUUGAGAAAGGGUUGUAAUAUAAUCAUAGCUACACCUGGUCGCUUGGAAGAUAUUUUGACUAAUUGUAAGGAAAUCAAUUUAGCUGGAGCUAUUAAAUCUUUGGAAUUGCUGGUUUUGGACGAGGCAGAUAGGCUCUUAGACUUGGGAUUUUAUGCAACCAUUAACACAAUACUACGAUACUUACCCAGGUUAAGAAGAACAGGUUUAUUUUCUGCAACACAAACCAAAGAAUUAGAACAGUUGAUCAGAGCUGGGUUGAGAAAUCCAGCUAUUGUAACAGUCCAAGAAUCCGAUGAUGUUUCGACUCCACUGCAUUUAAGUAAUUUUUAUUCAAUAGUUGAUCCUGAUAAAAAAAUUGCCUACACUAUUAAUUUCAUAAAAAGUAAAGGAGUUAAUAUGAAGUACAUGAUCUUUUUCUCAACUUGUGCUUGUGUUGAAUAUUUUAGUGAAGUUAUGAAAGCUAUGUUGAACUCAACAAAAGUACUAGCUAUACAUGGCAAAAUGAAAAAUAAGAGACAUAAAAUUUUUGAAGAAUUUCAAGCUCUCGAAAAUGGUUUAUUAAUUUGUACUGAUGUGAUGGCGCGAGGAAUCGACAUCCCAGAGGUAGAUUGGGUUAUCCAAUAUGAUCCACCAUCUAGUGCAAGUAGUUUUGUGCACAGAUGUGGAAGAACUGCACGCAUAGGAAAGGAAGGUAAUGCAUUACUACUUUUGUCUGAAACUGAAGAUGCCUACGUUGAUUUUAUCAAGAGAAAUCAGAGAGUAGAAAUGAAGCAGCUCGCUGAUCAAUGCCUUGAUCCAAGUUUUGUGGAAGAGUGUUUAAAAUGCAUGAGACAGUUGCAACAAGAAGAUCGACUUGUGUUUGAUAAAGCAAACAGAGCUGUGGUCUCGUAUAUACAAUCAUAUCAGAAACAUGAAUGCAGUCUAAUUUUACGACUAAAAGAUUUAGAUCUAGGACGGGUAUUCAUGGGCUUUGGGCUGCUAAAAGCACCGCGUAUGCCCGAGUCGAAAGGCCGAGAUAUCUCGUUCUUUGUUGAAAUGGAUGUCGAUCUUAAUUCGAUUGCUUACAAAAAUAAACAAAGAGAACAAGCGCGGUUGGAGAAGUUAAAAAAUUACAAAGAUACAGGGGUCUGGCCUACUAAAGGAAAAAGGCCAGUUAAAAAUACAGAACCAUGGUCAGAGAAGAAAAAAACCAAGCUUGAAAAACAAGGCAAAAAGAAAGUGCGUAAAGAAAAACAAAAGCGUCGAGAAGAAAACAAUCCUGGUAUAAAGAAAAGGAAGCGCAAGAACGUUAUGAACGAAGAGGAUUUGAAAGAAUUGGCAAAUGACAUAGCAUUGAUAAAACGGUUUAAGAAAAAGAAGAUGACGGAUCAAGAAUUUGAAACAGCCUUUGGCAUAUAAAUUGAAUACAAGGUAUUUAUAUUACAUAGCGUGAAAGGUUUGUAAAUAUGUACAUAAAAGUGAACGUACGUAAUAUUACGUUAUAUACGUUGAUUAAACAAAAUAAAUAUUUUAAUUUUGCCAACAAAAAGAA